AUGAAGGAUUUAGGUGAUCUAAAGUAUUUUCUCGGAAUUGAAGUAGCAAGGUUCGCAAACGGUAUAUUUCUGUCACAAAGGAAGUAUGUAUUGGAUCUGCUCGCUGAAACAGGAUUGCUUGGAUGUAAGCCUGCUGACACACCCAUCGAGAUGAAUCACAAGUUGUAUGAACACAUGGAUCAAGAACCAACCAAUAAGGAACAAUACCAACGCCUUGUUGGAAGGUUAAUAUAUUUAGCCCACACAAGACCGGAUAUUGCAUAUGCUGUGAGUGUGGUUAGUCAGUUUAUGCAUUCUCCCAGUGUGUCUCAUAGGAAUGCGGUUGAUCGAAUCUUAAGGUACUUAAAGUUAGCCCCUGGAAAAGGGUUACUGUUCUCAAAAGGUAGAGAUCUUGAAGUUGUGGGAUAUACAGAUGCUGAUUGGGCUGGCUCCAUUACGGAUAGACGCUCUACUUCAGGCUACUUUACUUUCGUGGGAGUGAGGUCAGUUGAUCACUAA